AUGUCAUACAACACCUUUGUUACAAGUAAUAUCUCAUCUCAUGCUGUAUGUUCAAGCGUUUUUGUCAGUCGAGAAUGGAUUGAAGCAAUGUAUAUAGAAGAUGCAAGUCGAUAUGCAGCGAUGGAUUUUCGAACAACAGCCAAAUCUCAAUUCGAUCUAUUAGCCGCUUUAUGUACAGCUUCGAAAGAUGCUGUUUCUCAAGCACUACAGAAUAUGGACAAUCAAGAAUUAGUCACUGUUCAACUUCUUGCAGCGAAAGACGUUCAAUCUGAAGUGAGAGCAAAUGUUGAUUUCAUUUUGACGAUGGCACUAUCUCAAGUCACUUCAAUUUUAAAUUUUUUGCAAGUUUUAUAUCGAUCAAAUACUUUGGUUUCUGCUCUGAAUACAAAUUCACUAAUUAUUUUCCAUGAUAUGUCAGCUUUGGGUAGUCCCUCUCGAAUAUUGAUGGGUUCUUUAUAUUAUUCGAACAUCACAUUCGAUUUUAACGAUACUGCGUUCGAAUUAUCUUGUAGUUACAAAAAUCCAAGUGUUCCAGCUGGUAUUUUUGCAAUGCCAGAUCCCAUAGAGGAAGGUAGCCGUGCAUUCUGGUUUAAUGUUCCUCUAUACCGUGAGUUAUUUGUGUUCGCAAUGAUUGAUGGAUUUUUUGGAGGAUGUACACCACUUGAUGCCCUUCUUGCAAGUACACUUGAUUGUUUAUACAAUUUGGAAUGUCUCAACAUUUUGCCUGCAUACUUUCCACGCCUUAAUCAGACAAAUCACUUGUGGAACAACAAACUUCCACCUACACAACGACGAAAUGUUUCUGUGAAAAAUUUAAUCGAGAGUUUUUUCAUCGAAAAUCAAUCGUCAGAAGUUAAUUAUAAGAAUUAUUUUGAUCGAUGUGAUCCUUCGUUCUGCACAUAUACGACAACAGAUCAAGUUAACUUUUCUUAUAUAAUCACUCUUCUAAUUAGUCUUUAUGGUGGUUUAACUGCUAUACUUCGAUUCAUCGCACCUUUUCUAACAUAUUUAGUACUGACAAUCAAAGGUCGUUCUUCAAAGAUUACUAUGAAUCAUAAACGAUGGUUACUAUAUAUUCGCCAAUUAGGUCAAUGGAUAAAACAAUUGAAUCUGUUCAAAUCAGCUAGUAAUCGAACAAGAAAUGACAUAAAACAACAACGUAUAACUACGCGCCUCUUCUUGAUUCUGUUCAUAAAUUUUAUUCUCAUAUUUCUUUUGUACUAUUCAUUCAAGACUCAAACUAUUACAAUGAUUGAGCAUAAUCCAUUAUUAAACACAUACAAGAAUUUACAAACAAUACAUUCGAGUACACUGAGAUGUCCUUGUUCAAAGAUGGCAAUGCCAUAUAAAACAUUCACUUCAUUAUCACCUACAUUUCAUCAGAUUUGUUCAAGUGAUUUAGUUGAUGAGUUAUGGAUCUCAUUGCUUACAACUGCAGGGACUAAUCAUCCUUGGAACACAUGGAUAAUUGAAGCGGGUCGCUAUUUUCAAAUGUUAUCAUCUCUCUGUGAAUUAAUCAAAAAAACAGUUGAUGAAAAUGUUCAUCGAUUUUUGGCACAAACUCUUGUCACUUCACAUGUACUUCUCGUAUCUGAUUUCAAUGCUCAAUUAAAUACUACUAUUACACAGUUUACACAAUCAAUAAGCGCGAGUUUUAGUCUUUUAACUGAUGCGAUGCGUACUUUUAUGCAAAUAGAUCAACCUUUGACAGCAUUCACAACAGAAGAUUUCAAACAACUAGCCCUAUGGACUUUUGUAAACCCUAAUACUAGUGCAAACGCAAUGCAAAUCAAAUUCCAGUUGAAUACAUUAACUACCAAUGAUUUGACAUCUGUCACCUGUGUUUGUGCUACCGAUACGCAAUGUAAAAGUCCAUUAGCCAUCAAAAUUAUUAAGACAUACAAUAUCUUUGAUCAAUCAUCUAGCAAUUCUGUGCACGAUAUUAAUGGAUAUAUGCCCCCAGGUAUGUUUCAAAGUUGCUUUACUAUUGAAUCACUUCUUCCAUCAACGCUCGAAUGCUUCUUUUCGGCCUCCGAUUGUUUACCAAUCAUAUUAUACAAUUUAAACCAAAUGGAUUCAUCCACAGAAAUACCAUGGGUCAAUGUUCAUCCACUACUUUACCGUGAAGGAUCAACUCAGUUCCCUUCAAAUAUUUCGCUGUCAUUGAUAUUGAAAGAAAUGAUGAUUGAACAAUGGAAUCCAUCAUUUUCAUUUAAUAAAUAUUACAACUCAUGUUCACCAAGUUAUUGUACUUAUUCUGAUACAAGAGAUGGACAAAGUUUCAUUGAAAUUGUUAUAACAUUGGUCUCUAUGAUUGGUGGUUUAAGUGCUGUACUACGUCUUGUUACACCUCAACUUGUCAAGUUAACCUUUCGUCUAAUACAAUCAAAAAUACAAAAUCAACAACAAAUUGAUGAAAAUAUUCAUCGAUUUUUGGCACAAACUCUUGUCACUUCACAUGUACUUCUCGUAUCUGAUUUCAAUGCUCAAUUAAAUACUACUAUUACACAGUUUACACAAUCAAUAAGCGCGAGUUUUAGUCUUUUAACUGAUGCGAUGCGUACUUUUAUGCAAAUAGAUCAACCUUUGACAACAUUCACAACAGAAGAUUUCAAACAACUAGCCCUAUGGACUUAUGUAAACCCUAAUACUAGUGCAAACGCAACACAAAUCAAAUUCCAGUUGAAUACAUUAACUACGAAUGAUUUGACAUCUGUCACCUGUGUUUGUGCUACCGAUACACAAUGUAAGAGUCCAUUAGCCAUCAAAGUUAUCAAGACAUACAAUAUCUUAGAUCAAUCAUUUAACAAUUCUGUGCACGAUAUUAAUGGAUAUAUGCCUCCAGGUAUGUUUCAAGGUUGCUUUACUAUUGAAUCACUUCUUCCAUCAACACUCGAAUGCUUCUUUUCGACCUCCGAUUGUUUACCAACCCUAUUAUACAAUUUAAACCAAAUGGAUUCAUUCGUAGAAAUACCAUGGGUCAAUGUUCAUCCACUACUUUACCGUGAAGCAUCAACUCUGUUCCCUCCAAAUACUUCGCUGUCAUUGAUAUUGAAAGAAAUGAUGAUUGAACAAUGGAAUCCAUCACUUUCGUUUAAUAAAUAUUACAAAUCAUGUUCACCAAGUUAUUGUACUUAUUCUGAUACAAGAGAUGGAAAAAGUUUCAUUGAAAUUGUUAUAACAUUGGUUUCUAUGAUUGGUGGUUUAAGUGCUGUACUACGUCUUGUUACACCUCAACUUGUCAAGUUAACCUUUCGUCUAAUACGAUCAAAAAUACAAAAUCAACAACAAGAACGUCAAAAAUUGUUUGAUCGAUUGAAAACCAAAGUGAAAGAACUGAUCAGAUUAAUACACAAUGAACUGAUAAAUCUCAAUUUAUUUCCACCAUGGACCUUUGGAAGUAAUGUCGAUCGUGCGACAUCAAAACAUUUUGGUCAAUUAUCCACUCGUCUUUACAUUGUUCUUCUCAUCGGCACUUUUGUCAUUCUCGCUCUCUACACAGUUGUUCGACCUCAACCAUUGAAAAAAACAUUUCUUAGCCCAUCUUUACAUAUCUACAAUAGUCUUAUCCAAGAGCAUGGAAAUGAGCUUCAAUGUCCUUGUUCAAGAAUUUCAUCACAAUACACAAAUCAUGUGACAAUCAAAUCAAUAUUUCAUCAGGUUUGUUCAAGUCAUUUUGUUUCGAGUGAAUGGCGAACAGAUCUUACAAAAGGCCUCGUUUCUAAUUUAUCUAUUUAUGAUCAAAGAGACUAUCGUCGUUUUCUCUCAGCUCAUUUACAAUUUCUCACUCAAUUGUGUGAACUUUCCAAUCAAUCAGUCGAAUAUUCUGUUCAACAAAGUCUUUCUUCACUUCUAAUCACCAACCAACUUCUAUCAGAAACAUUGUUCGUUUCACGUAUUGAAUCGAUGAUUGUUAAGACUAAAUCAAAUGCUCCUUCUACACUUGCUCGUCUUCUCUUUCUCUUGCGAUCAACAAAUCGUGGAAACGCAUUUGUUUCGACGUAUGGAACAAACUUUCACUAUAUUAUACCUCCAUAUACUGAAUUCGACUUUAAGAAAGUCGCUUGUUACACCGAAGCAAUGUUGUAUGAUAAUAAUUGUUCAUGUGGAUUGAAUACAACGUGUACUGUACAAGCCACUUUUACUAAAACAAACUUAUCCAAUACUGUACCAAUCAAUGGAUUAAAGAUGGGUUGUACACCAACUGAAUCAUUCUUAGCAUCAACUCUCGAAUGUUUCUACAAUUCAUCAUGUAUUGAUCUGAUGUUUGAAAUGACAAAUUUUAAAAACACUACGAGAAAUAUUUCUUAUACUUUAAACACAACUAUCAAUCGUUUUCCAGUAAAUAUCACAGUUGCUGAUCUUGUCAAUGAACUAUUUGUUGAAAAAUGGUCAACACUCAUGAAUUAUUCAUCAUAUUUUGAUUCAUGUUCACCUCUAUUCUGUUCAUAUACUUAUACACAAAAACUUGAUUCAUUUUAUACGAUAACUUACUUUCUUGGUCUUUAUAGUGGUCUUUCACUUAUUCUCAAGUGGAUAUGUCCACAAAUCAUUUAUUUGAUGAUUAAAAUGUAUGAAUAUCGAAAGAAACGAAGACAUGUAGUUGAACCCAUAUCUAAUACUGAGAUAGCAACUAAUACUCAGCAAACCAGCACGACAAAGCAUCCGACAUCAUUAUGUUAUUGUGGGCUGGGUGUUAUACUGUUCUUACUAGUUGCAAUACUCCUUGUUGUUUCAAUUGUUUAUUAUAUUCAACAAAAUAACAAACAAUUUCGAACAAUAAAUGAUGUUUCUAAUAUAACUGUUAAUAUGAUCGAUGAACCUGUCAAUGUAACAAAUGCUGUUGUGACACCAGUAGAUAAUUCAUCAUUGGUAAUCUCAACUUAUGUCUCAGAUUUAACUACAUGUAGUUCAACAUACUGUCGUGAAGGCUUUUGUUCUGAAUCGCUCUAUUACUAUCAAGCUUUACUGAUCAAUGUAUCACUAAGUGGAUUUUAUAGUAUUUUAUCGGGCAGUGAUAUCGUCGCAUAUGGAUAUUUGUACAAUGGCACUUUCGAUCCUUGGAUUCCUUCUGACAACAAAAUCCUUGAGAAUUACGGUGGUCCUGCGCUUGGAGAGUUUGGAUUGAAAUAUUUUUUACAGCGUUUAGAAACAUAUAUCGUGGUUGUGACAACACUUUAUACUUAUUCGACAGGACACUUUUGGCUAUUUGGAUAUGGUCCAGCAACAAUCAAUUAUAAUCAACUAAAUCUGACAGAUGAUGUUUCUAAUAUAACUGUUAAUAUGAUCGAUGAACCUGUCAAUGUAACAAAUGCUGUUGUGACACCAGAUAAUUCAUCAUUGGUAAUCUCAACUUAUGUCUCAGCUUUAACUACAUGUAGUUCAACAUACUGUCGUGAAGGCUUUUGUUCUGAAUCGCUCUAUUACUAUCAAGCUUUACGGAUCAAUGUAUCACUAAGUGGAUUUUAUAGUAUUUUAUCGGGUAGUGAUAUCGGCGCAUAUGGAUAUUUGUACAAUGGCACUUUCGAUCCUUUGAUUCCUUCUGACAACAAAAUCCUCGAGAAUUGCGGUGGUCCUGCGCUUGGAGAGUUUGGAUUGAAAUAUUUUUUACAGCGCUUAGAAACAUAUAUCGUGGUUGUGACAACACUUUAUACUGAUUCGACAGGACAUUUUUGGCUAUUUGGAUAUGGUCCAGCAACAAUCAAUUAUAAUCAACUAAAUCUGACAGGUCCUUCGAAAAUACGAUCCAGCUAUUCAUCAGCUUUGACAUAUUUUAGUUCAACAUAUUGUCAUAGAGGUGUUUGUUUGGGCUCACUUUACUAUUAUCAAGCUGUUAAAAUCAACAUUUCAAUAAGUGGAUAUCAUACUAUUGUAUCGAACAGUAGUAUGGAUACUUAUGGAUAUUUGUAUAAUAGUACUUUUGAUCCGUUGAUUCCUUCUCAAAAUUUAAUCGUUCAGAACGACGACGAUGCUGGAAAUCAUCAGUUUAAGUUAAGAUAUCUUUUUCAAUCUGCAGAAACAUAUAUCUUGGUUGUAACAACAUACUACAUCAAUACUACGGGAUCAUUUACACUUACUGCAACUGGUGAAGGAUCGGUUAUUUUUAAUGGUAAUCAAGAAUAA